CCCUCAAUUAAUGUGUGACACUGCGGUCAGCUGGAGUGGCUGGUACCGUCUCUUCAUUGAGGGUCAGAGCUCGCAGAUGCCAGACACAUGUGUUGAUAAGUAUAGCUGUGGCACUCAUGCCCCACUGUGGAUAAAUGGUCAACACCCAAGAGUUGAGGAUGGAGAGGUCACCCGAGAUGUGUGCGGUCACUGGGGCAAUGACUGCUGCCUUUUCCGUUCCAAUUCCAUUCAAGUCAAAGCCUGCCCAGGAAAUUAUUUUGUCUAUAAGUUUGUGACACCAGCUACCUGUUAUCUGGCUUACUGUGCAGUGCCAACGAUAUUCUAUCCGUUUGGCUCAGAAGACACUGAAGUAACUAUUGGUGAUACAAGCAACAAUCUUAUCCUGUCCAGUCCAUUUACGUUCUUCGGGCGUACAUACUGGCAAAUAUAUGUUAAUAAUAAUGGACUCCUUACGUUCAGCCAACCUAUAAAUGAAACUGACCCUUACCCCUUACCGGCCAAAGGGAGCGAAGAUUUCAUUGCUCCUCUCUGGACUGAUCUUGAUGACUAUGUUAGUGGUGUGUACUCAUUUAAUCAGUAUACAACUGGAAGUGUGCUCACUCGGGCCACUCAGGAAAUACAACAGCAUUUCCCUGAUCUGAGCUUCAUUGCGGCUUGGGUAUUUGUUGCAACUUGGGACUUGCAGAUUUCAGGCACAGUAAGUUAUAUCUCUGGAACAGGAUACUUGUUUCAAGUGGUUUUAAUGUCAGGCAGUAAUUUUUCUUUUAUUCUGAUGAAUUAUGGUGACUGUAAAGAGCCAAUUCAACCUGUGCAGGCUGGCUAUGACACUGCAAACUCCACACACUACUUUGCAAUUCCUGGGUCAAACAAUAUAAGCUACAUUCCACAACUCAAGAGAACGAGUAAUGUAAAUGUUCCAGGUCGUUGGGCAUUUAGAGUGGACGGUAUCCCAAAAUACAAUAUAUUUGGACUUCAAGUGAGACUUACCUCUUUGUUAAACCUAACCGAGAAUGGAAACGCUCAAAUAAUUUUAGACCAACUAAAACAGGAGCUGAUCAAACAUGGUCUUCCGAACACUACAGAGGUGAAGUUAAGAAGUCUUCAAAAGAUAAAGCCGUAAAUCAGUCUCAUAGGGAAAUAAAACAGAAACAUCUCAGAUACCAAAUUCCCCAGCAUCGAAGAUGUAUAUACUGAUAUAGAGAAAGGAAUGUUGCUCCUCAGAAAGUGCUAACCCUUUCAGUCUUUCCGUCUUUCACACACAUUUGGACAAUGCACACAUUACACAUCCACACACA